AAAACAACCGGAGGGUUAUCGAUCAGAAAUGACGAAGGCGAAGAAGGAGAAAGCUGCAGCGGACGGAGAGGAGGCGACCGGAAGCUCCGAGAAGUCCUACCAGGAGAUGAUCGCUCACCUGAACCCGAUCAGCCAGCCGCUGGCCUCCAGGAAGCUCAGCAAGAAGAUCUACAAGUGUGUCAAGAAGGCCGCCAGAGUGAAGAACAUCCGCCGCGGAGUAAAAGAAGUUCAGAAGUUCAUCAACAAAGGAGAGAAAGGCAUCGUGGUGAUGGCGGGCGACACCCUCCCUAUCGACGUGUACUGUCACCUGCCCGUCAUGUGUGAGGACAGGAACCUGCCGUACGCCUACAUCCCCUCCAAAGUGGAUCUGGGAUCGUCUGCUGGAUCCAAGAGGCCGACAUGUGUCAUCCUGAUCAAACCCCACCAGGACUACCAGGAGGCAUACGAUGAGUGCUUGGAUGAGGUCACCAGCCUGCCCAAACCCCUCUGAGCCAAUGAAGGAUCAGAUCGGGGAUCCCCCUGUUUCCAGUGUUUAUGCUAAGCUAGGCUAACUAGCCUCAGGACGAGUAGGGGUGGGGGGUUGUAACGACACAAACACUGAACAGGAAGUAAAGACAGGGUUGUUUGUGUUUUCUCUGGUUUUUUGAUCAGUUUGAUGGAUUCUGUUUCCAUUCCAUGUCUGUCUGGCUUGUUUAAACCCUGGAAGUCCUAUACUUACGACAGUCCUUUUUGUCUUUUUUUUUUUCAAUAAAAGUGCAAGAAAAAAGU